UGGGAGCACAAAGGUGAAGAAAUGGCGGGGUUAGGUUUGAGGCUGAAGGUGGCGAAAUCGGCGGUGAGGGUGGGAGCGAUGAAGGGAUGUUGUGGCCGUCUAUUCUCUUCGGAAUCAAACCACAACGUUCCAACUUCCGGAUUCAACAGGCCUCUCUCUGAGAUUCUCAAGGAACUCAACAAGAAGGUUCCAGAUUCCCUCCUCCGCACCCGCCUCGAGAACGACUUCCCCAUCAAAUAUAUUCCAUGGCACAUCGUGAACCGCAUCGUCAACCUCCAUGCCCCAGAAUGGUCUGGAGAAGUUCGAAAUAUCACCUACUCUCCUGAUGCCAAGUCCGUUUCUGUUGUUUAUCGCGUCACUCUGUUCGGCACCGAUGCUGAGAUAUUCAGGGAGUCAACAGGUACAGCUUCAGUGGAGGAGCAAUGCUAUGGUGAUGCAGUACAAAAGGCAGAAGCAAUGGCAUUUCGUCGUGCCUGUGCAAGAUUUGGUUUAGGCCUUCAUCUCUAUCACGAGGAUGCAGUGUAAGACCGCCCACUUUCUAAUGUAAGAUAGUGUUGUGAUUUUUGGAACUCUUGUAACUGUGAUGGAACUGGAAUCAUUGUAAAACUGAAGUAUCGCUUUUUGAAUUAGAAUUGUUGAGGGAAUCUCUCUCCCGAAUGAGUUUGGCUUUGGGCUUCCAUAGCCUUUCUCCCU